UGCCAGUUGCAGAAGAAGAUCUGCUUUUAAGUGAAACGUACAUGCCACCCCUCCGAGGGCUGCGGCUUCCCCGGGCUUGCUUCUUUCACGCUCGCUUCGCCAGCCCGCGCGCUCACUCUUUCAUUUGCACGCGCCCCUAAGUUUGCCCAGAGCUCGCGGUCCGCUCGGAGCAGGGUCCGGCCGGGCGCCGCGGGCGGGGGCGGGAGCCGAGGCACCGCAAUCCGGAAGCAUCGUGGGCCAUGUAUAUUUCAUCAAACGGACUUUGGGUGCGUCGCGUCUCGCAGCCAUCUCCGCGAUGUGCAGUGACAUUUCUGACUUGAGUGGAGGAAUGCGCGAAGGAAGCCCGGGCGAAAUUGGUACUAGAGGAUUCUUCUUGGCGCCAAUGCUAAUUGUCCUGAUUUAUGUCCCUUCUGACUAAGCUCAACGUCUUCAUCUAAAAUAAAAUGAAAGCUGUGCCAAGCGGGGUAGAACCGCCGGGCCGCUGGUUCUGAUCCCCGGGAAUCAGGAAAUCGUCCUGCAGUUUAACAGAUUAAAAAAAAAAAAAGAUAGAGAAAAAAAAUAGAAAUAGGAAAAAAAAAAUCCCUCCGUAAAAGUUUAAGGCGAGAAGUGGCAGAGGCAGUGGCGCGACGAGGCGCGGAGGGAAGCCGGCAAGCGGGGACUGGGCUGGCCAGACCUCCCGAAGGCUGCGAUUCCAUUAUUAAUAUCACUAGAUUUUUGGAGGGAGAGGCACCUUUCUCAUCCUCGCUUCCUCUCCGCCCACCCUGCUCCCUCCCCCUCAUCUACCUGUCAAAGUCACUGAUCUUUUGCAUUUCGAAAGAGGACGUCCGCGGGAAGGAAUUUCCCCUCUCGGUGAGGGUUCCGAGAGGGGGCGACGCGCGGGAGGCUCCCCCCGCCCAGGAGCCCAAGGCGAAGGGUGCUGGUGCCGGAAGAGAAGAAUGAUUGAUGGGAAACAGACACCAGGCUGGAGACACUCAUCCUUUUGUUUCGGAUGCUAUUAUCUGAGUGCGUGUGAGCUGUGAGCAUCGGGGAUCUCCCAGGGUUGUCGGAUAUACAAGAGAGCCACCACUUUUGGCAAUCGGACAUCUUUUACAAAAACCAUACUGGACCCAAGCCUAGGAGAUACGUUCUAAGACAAUGAAAAACCUGCAUGUUGCUGUUCACGCCUAACGCACAAUUAUGUUAGCCUUCCACCAAAGUCAAAUAUCUUGAACACGCACAAUAUCUCAACCCUUCCCUCUUAGUUUGUUUUGGAAUCUACUUGGAGGUCUCAUCUUUUUGUUCGUUUGUUUAAUAUACAGACCUACCUACUUGCAGACAUAGAUGUAUAUGUAAAAUAGACAGAGACCACAGAUACGCAAACCCUGCUUUAGUUAACACGAAGACUGCCAAGAAUUUAGAGAUGUAUUUGCCCAGAUUCCUGUCCAUUCACGCCCUUUGGGUUACAGUGUCCUCAGUGAUGCAGCCCUACCCUCUGGUGUGGGGACAUUAUGAUGUGUGUAAGACUCAGAUUUACACAGAAGAAGGGAAAGUUUGGGAUUACAUGGCCUGUCAGCCGGAAUCCACGGACAUGACAAAGUAUUUGAAAGUGAAGCUGGAUCCUCCAAACAUUACCUGUGGAGACCCUCCUGAGACAUUCUGUGCAAUGGGCAACCCCUACAUGUGCAAUAAUGAGUGUGAUGCAAGUACCCCCGAGUUGGCACAUCCCCCGGAACUGAUGUUCGAUUUUGAAGGAAGACAUCCCUCCACGUUUUGGCAGUCUGCUACUUGGAAGGACUUCCCCAAGCCUCUCCAUGUUAACAUCACUCUGUCUUGGAGCAAAACCAUUGAGCUCACAGACAACAUAGUGAUCACCUUUGAAUCGGGGCGUCCUGACCAAAUGAUCCUGGAGAAAUCUCUUGACUAUGGACGCACAUGGCAGCCCUAUCAGUAUUAUGCCACAGACUGCUUGGAUGCUUUUCACAUGGACCCUAAAUCUGUGAGGGAUUUAUCACAGCAUACGGUCUUAGAAAUCAUUUGCACUGAAGAGUACUCCACGGGGUAUAUGACAAAUAGCAGAAUAAUCCACUUUGAAAUCAAAGACAGGUUCGCGUUUUUUGCUGGACCAUGGCUACGCAAUAUGGCUUCCCUCUACGGACAGCUGGAUACAACCAAGAAACUCAGAGAUUUCUUUACAGUCACAGACCUGAGGCUAAGGCUUUUGAGACCAGCCGUUGGGGAACUAUUUGUAGAUGAGCUACACUUGGCACGUUACUUUUAUGCGAUCUCAGACAUAAAAGUGCACGGAAGGUGCAAAUGUAAUCUCCAUGCCACUGUGUGUGUGUAUGACGACAGCAAAUUGACCUGUGAAUGUGAGCACAACACGACAGGUCCAGACUGUGGGAAAUGCAAGAAGAAUUAUCAGGGCCGACCUUGGAGCCCAGGCUCGUAUCUGCCCAUCCCCAAAGGCACUGCAAAUACCUGUAUCCCCAGUAUUUCCAGUAUUGGUAAUUGUGAAUGCUUCGGCCACUCCAAUCGAUGCAGUUAUAUCGAUCUGCUAAAUACAGUCAUUUGCGUGAGCUGUAAACACAACACUAGAGGGCAGCACUGUGAGUUAUGCAGGCUGGGCUACUUCAGAAAUGCUUCUGCACAGCUGGACGAUGAGAAUGUGUGCAUAGAGUGUUAUUGUAACCCUUUGGGCUCAGUCCAUGAUCGUUGUAAUGGCUCAGGAUUUUGUGAGUGUAAGACUGGAACGACAGGGCCUAAGUGUGAUGAGUGUCUGCCGGGAAAUUCCUGGCACUACGGCUGUCAACCGAAUGUCUGCGACAACGAGCUCCAGCACUGCCAGAACGGAGGGACGUGUCACAACAACGUGCGUUGCCUGUGCCCGGCCGCUUACACGGGCAUCCUGUGCGAGAAGCUGCGAUGCGAGGAGGCCGGCAGCUGCAGCUCCGACUCCGGCCAGGGCUCGUCCCCGCAUGGCCGCCCGACGCUGCUGCUGCUGCUGCUGACCGCUGUGCUGGUGACAGCCGGCCCCCUGGUGUUCUAGGAGGCGCGCCCAACCCCCAGACGGGCCUGUGCAGUGGGGAAGCAAACACAACCCAAGCAUUUGCUACUAACUAACAUAGGAAACACACACGCAGACACCCCCACGCAAACACAGUGUACUAACUAAGAAGGUCUGACUGAACUAAGCCAUAUUUAUCAGCCGUGGACAGCAUAGCCGAGUCAAGACUGUUAAUUUCUGACUCCAGAGGAGUUGGCAGCUGUUGAUAUUAUCACUGCAGAUCACAUGGCCAGCUGCAGAGCUCAUUGCCGAUUGGAAAGGCUGGGACAGCCCCCCAAACAGGAAAGACAAAAACCAAACACACAAAAAAUAACAAAUCAACCAACCUAACAAUAUUUGCUACUAUCACGUGGUGCGCCCCAGUACCACUUGGCCCAGUGCCGUGGACCAACCAAAUAGGAGUGUUCUUUGCUGGCAGUGCAUUGUGGGUAUAAGGACACCAGUUACAAGCUGCCAUAUUGGCCUGCUUCAGUCCCUGAAUCCCUUCCAACCUGUGCUUUAGUGAACGUUGCUCUGUAACCCUUGUUGGUUGAAAGGUUUCUUUGUCUGAUGUUAGUAAUGCACAUGUGUAACAGCCCCCUCCAGAAGCUCAAGCCAGUCAUAGCCUGUAUAUCUUUGCAGCACUGAGGCAUUCCAGUGCGAGCACACAUCCACUGUCCAAGAGUGGCGCUAGGUAAAAAGAAAGUGUAUCUAUCCUUUUGUAUUCAAAUGAAGUUAUUUUUCUUGAAAUACUGUAAUAUGUAGAUUUUUUGUAAUCUUGCCAAUUUGUGUUACCAGACAAUCUGUUCAUGUAUCUAAUUCGAAUCAGCAAAGACUGACAUUUUACUUUGUCCUCUUUCGUUCUGUUUUGUUUCAUUGUGCAGAGAUUUCUCUGUAAGGGCAACGAACGUGCUGGCAUCAAAGAAUAUCAGUUUACAUAUAUAACAAGUGUAAUAAGAUUCCACCAAAGGACAUUCUAAGUAUUUUCUUGUUGCUUUAACACUGGAAGAUUUAAAGAAUAAAAAUUCCUGCAUAAAUGAUUUCAGGAAUUUGUAUUGCAAUUUCUUAAGAUGAAAGGAGCAGCCACCAAGCAGUUUCACACUCACUUUACUGAUUUCUAUGUGGACUGAAUACAUUCAGCUGACGAAUUUAGUACCCAGGAAGAUGGAAUGAUGUUCACUAGCUUGGACAACUUCUGCAAAAUAUGAGACUAUUUCCACUUGGGAAAAUUAUAACAGAAAAAAAAAAAUCUAAGUGAUUGCCAAGAUUAUGCCAAAGCCUGUUGGCAGAGUAUUAAGAGACUUUUAUUUUUAAGUCAUGCUAUUUUCACAGAUUGAUAUGAUCAUGUGACUCUAGGGAUGGUGAUCUAUGUAUCUUUCCAAAUACAGUGUUUACAUGGAGUAUCAUAAGAGGCAGUAUAUGAUGGGGAACUAAGGAAGUGGCAGGGACAAUGAGUAUUAGCAAUUUGACUUUGAAUAUAUUUAGACUGAGUAUUUAGACGAAAUAUCAAAUACACAGCAGCAAGCAGACAUAACUGCUGUUCCUGAGAAUAAAGUUUGUUUUAAGUACCGCCCAAGGUGUAAUAAAUUCUUGUUUCUGCCUUUUAUUAGGCCAAUUACUGUGCAAGGCAGCACGGGGAGGAGGGUGGAGGGAGAACCAUUGCAAAGCUUCAAGGCGGCUGAAACAGUGUGUGUUCCCUUCCCAGCACACUGCUGUCCUACAGGUUACAAAUGUGUCAGCAGCAGCACCUCCUGGAAUCAAAACCAAUUAUCAGCCCAAGCCAGAGUCUUAAGGACAAUGAAGUCCUACAGGACUUGGUAGAGCAAUAACCUAUGAUAGUGUUAGGUCGGAAGGCUACUGCCGGGCUGAAUCCUUCACCCUGUCGCCACUCCCUGCUGAAACAGGCACUGGAAAAUGUCCUCCGAUAAAUAACCUGGCUAAAAACUAGAUGAAGGAACAGCUUGUCUUAUUGGUUUUAUUCCCAGAAAAAGCCAAUUCAAAGCAGGCAAUAAAAGGUAAACAAGUAGUAAUGCCUGUGCUGCCUGCCACCCCAUGUCUAAGUCAAUUGAAUGUUUGUUAUUCAAAUCGUCUCUUUUGAUGUAAGAAAUAAGAAAAGAUGGGAAGAAAUUAGAGCCCUCGCUCCGUGCCAGACUAGCCAACCAGAAAUCGGAGAUUUACAUUUGAAGUAUAAACAGCAAAUUAUAUUUCAGGCUCACCAAAGAAGACCCAUGAAAAUGCCAAUACCAUACAGAGUUUGAGAUUACUUAUAAUGAGGUGGAUUUCUAAUAUUAAAAUUGGAAUUUAAGUUGUCUUAUAGUUUAUUAGCAUAAACCAAAGGCAGACCGUGUGAUUUCUAGCCACGAGGCACUUUAUCAUCAUCCACUCCUGGCUUUGUCACAAUGCUCAGGAAUCAGACUGCACAUCUCAAUACGUGGGAUUCUGAAAGCGCAUUCUAAAAUUUAAUGAAGGCCUGAUGGAAAUCAGUUCACCUGCAUUUUAUCUUUAUGGAGCUAUAAGAAUCUAAAUUGAUGAGGGAUAUCUUGCGUUCAGUGUAUUUAGAGAUAGUUUUCUGAAUUUCCUGAGGUGAUGUGAUCUGCUUUUAAUAAAAACUCACUUUUAGGCAUA